UGUCCUCUUGCUGCACUUGCGACAAAUAAUAAUUGAACUAUGAUUGACUGAUGUGAGCUUCACAGGACUAAGGCGUUCCCAGUCCCAUGAUUCCAGCCGAUCUUCUUCGAUGUGAUGUCGUUGAAGUAUGGUUUCUCGCCAUCAGCUCAGUGAACUUUGUGUUUGAUUGACAUCAGGUCGUGAAAAGAUACCAAACGCCAGAAUGCCAUGGGUUCUCAGUGAACUCCCCCUCAAUUGGGUUCUGCCCUGUGUUGUGACCUCAGCAUUCUGUGUCUGGUUGCGCAGUCUUCACAAGCACAACCAAGAAUGUCUGUGGAAGCUGAGAGCCCGUCUUGGCCAACCGGGAAUUUCCGGGCCUCCCCGAGACCACCUUCGCGUUCUAUCUCAGAACAUGUGGUGCACAAACUCCUGGGGUGCUGUCCAGAAGGGUAGUAAGGGCCCAGAGGUUCGAAAGAGAUUUGAUGCCCUGGUUAAUGCUGCAUUGGAGGGUGACUACGACGUUCUCUUGCUACAGGAGCUCUUCAUUUACCGCAUGGCGUAUUUCUUCAUGACGGUGGAGGAGGUGGUUUAUCUCACUGAGCGCCUGGAGGCUGCAGGGUACGUUUAUCACUCAAAUCUGGCCUACAACGUUCCUGUAGUGUUGGGUCAAUCAUCAGGUCUGGCCAUCUUCAGUAAGCACCCAUUUGUUGAGUGGGGUGGCCACACAUUCACCACACACAGUCUCAAAGACAGUUUGAAUGCGAAGGGAUUUGUUCACGCCACGGUCAGCAUAGGAAGAGAGUUAUUCUUCUUCUACUCGACACACUUGGAUUCAUCUGGGAGAAAACCAGAUGUCAAGAAGAAACAAGUGGAUCAAGUUGCCAAACACGUAUCAAGAGUUCUGCCAUCACACACUGCUAUUGUUGCGGGUGACUUCAACAUUUGCUCGCACACGCCCGGAAUGCGUUCCCUCUACACUCACUUGGUUCUGGCAAUGGGAGGUAUGGAUCUGGCACCAGUCUUCACAGAUCAUCCUGUCACUCAUCGCUCUGGCCGUACCCUGGAUCAUAUUUUCAUUGGCGGUGGACAGUACUCGGUGCGGGAUAUCACCUUCAAGACGCCUGUGCGCUUUGAAAGUGGCCUGCCAGGUAUUCCCGUCUCGGACCAUAAUGGUCUUGCUGUCACGUUGAAGCUGCAAUCUCCAAUUGCAUGAGAAUGAGCAAGAGUUCACGUGGCUGUGUGCGUGUGUGUGUGUGUGUGUGUGUGCGCGUGCGUAUACGUGUGUGCUCGGGUGUGUGGUAUCAUUGUUUUAGACAACAGCUAGCUAGGCAACGCACUGUUUUCCAGAGCACUUACAUGUAUGUGCUAGCCUGUGUAUGGAUAUUGAUAAUAAGUCACAGUGCCCUGCCGUCACAAGUUUUUAUAUUUUACCGAUUUUAUAAUUCCGCACCAUUUCAGUGAUCUUCCGGUAUACCGUCCAACUUCUUAUUGUAACGACUGUGUUGAACAAUGCGUUGUUUAUUUGUCUGAGAUAAUUAAUUUUGAGUAUUCAAUUUUAGUCACUCUCCUCCACGUAUAGCCAGUUAAAGUACUGAAAUCAAUUACAAUUCUAGCACGGACUUAUUUGGUAGUUUCACAAUUUUUUAACAUAAUGAUUUUUUAAUGUGCGCAAGCUCCACUGCAGCCACUUCAUUACCUGGAAAACCAUGUGAUUUUUGCUUCCAUAUUUAAUUAAUACUGUCUUGCCUAGGUUUGUAACCAGUUAUGUCAUGUUCUAGUGUCCUUUUUUAGUCCUUUUUUAGUCUUGUUGCCAUGUUCUUGUAGAACAGUGCAUUGGUCAAUUCUGCUAUUGAUAUUUCUCCUAGGAAAUCCAACUUCACCGCUCAGUGCUGAGUAUCAACGAGCAUCAUGAUUGUGUUUGAGAUGCCAUGCAUA